CUACCUAACCUAGCGCCCAGCGCCAUAUCGCCAACCCAACCAACCACUCAGCUCCAGGGUCCCGCGCCGUCAAACCCACCGCCGCACUUUUUUCUUUUUGGCGACCCGACCGACCGACCGCCCGACCGCCGCAUGCCCGCCCCGACCUGCCCUGCCGACCACCGCUGCUCAUCGUACGACCACGACGCACCGCCGCCGCCGCCGCCGCCGCCGCCGCCGACCCGACCACCAACAAACGGGCUCCCUCCUUCCCUCCCCCUUCCCCGCACCGCGCUAAAGCACUCCAGACCGCAAAGCACACCGGCGGCGCACCAGCGCGCCCCAGAUUUUUGGGGAGAUGAAAAAAAAGCCAGGCAGCUAGUCGCAACCACCAACCAAACCAACCAACCAAUACAUACGUACUGUACUCGCACGCGCACCCCGCCGCUUUAGCCCCAUUCGCUCGCUCGUGCCUGGGCGCCCGCCCCCCCUUGCUCCCGUCGUCCGGGAGCGGGGCACUGGGUCCGGGAGACGGGAAGCUAAACUGCUUUGCUCCAGUAGCUACUAGCUUGCCAUCGUA